GGAGCAUGCACAUAAAUACGGGAUAGGUGAGAGAGGAGUUACAGGUGUUGCUGGAACUGCGGUACAUCUACCUUCUCAGCUGACCAGGCCGGAACAGCAGCAGCAGGAUACUAUCACAGCCGGAUUGAGAUCCAACGCCCCCUUGCUAGAAAGUCAAGUCUGCUGUGAUUGGCCAGUUGGUGUUGAGUUCAGUAAGCCCGAAGAUGAUCAAAGCUAUGUUGUUGUUAAUCUUGGUCCUAGUGGCCAUGUCCUCAACCUUUGGGAAAUACAUCCCAAAGACUGGAAAGAGGAUCCCCCAGACUCUGUCUCGAGGUUGGGGUGAUCAGCUGAUCUGGGCUCAGACUUAUGAGGAGGCUCUCUACUGGUCAAGGUCAAGGAAUAAGCCUCUGAUGGUACUCUUUCACCUUGAGGACUGCCCACACAGCCAGGCACUGAAGAAGGUCUUCUCAGACAACGAGAUCCAGAAAACUCUUGACGAAGACUUCAUCGUCCUCAAUCUGGUUUAUGAAACCACCGACAAACAUCUCUCCCAGGAUGGACAGUACGUUCCCAGAAUCAUCUUUGUUGACCCAACAAUGACAGUGAGAGGUGAUAUUAUUGGUCCCUAUGCCAAUCGCAUGUAUGCCUAUGAACCAAAUGACCUCAAACUCUUGCUGAGCAACAUGCAGAAAGCUAAGAAACUCCUGAAGUCUGAGCUGUGAACACAAGGACAAGACGCAUGCUUAACUUCUAACCCUGAUCCACACUUUAUCAUUUCAGAUUCACAUUUCAUGCUGUCACUACAGUUUACAUAGAAACUCUGCACUGUAAAGUUUUCCUCAAAUCACAUUCAUUUUACAUGUUUCUGUUUGUGUCGGAUUCUUACUUUUUUCAUUGUUGAUCUACAUCCAGAAUGUCUUUUAAAUAAAUGUGGAACUGUUCAUAUAUAAAC